ACAUUCUCGACGAAAUCUGUGGAUCAACAUUGAGAUCUUUUAUAUUUUUUCCAAGUCUUACGCUAUUUUUUUUUUUUGCAAAAAUUACACUACACUACAUUUGAGAUCCAUAAAACGAAUCAUAAUUGGUUAAUUCAUUUGAAAUUUUAUAUAAUUGUAAAAAGAAAGUUAGAACAAAGAUUUGGAAAAUCAUAUACAAAAUUAAUAUAAAAUUCGUAGAUAUAAUCAAAUAUGGAGAAAUUUGAACAACAAAUUUAAGAUUUGAAAAGAUUAUAUAUUAUUUGAAAAGUUGUUUAUGACAAAUUUCUCAACCAAAGAUCUAAAACUUUACCUAUUUAAUUAGCACGUGAGUUGUAUAUAUAUAUUAUAUAAAUGCCACGUGUGUAAAAAAUUAAAAUAAGUUGUGGGACCCAUUGGAGUUGGUAGAUUCCAUUGGACCACGUAAGCACGCGUUCAAAGGACAAUAUAGUCUUUUAGGUAUUUUUGUUUAAGGGUAUUUCCGUCACUCGAAUUUUUAACAACUACCCUCACGGCUCACACCUCACCUCACCAGACCAUACCAGCUAAAUCUCGCCGUAUUCAUAAUUAUAUAUAUAACGUAACCCAACUUCUUCUCCCAUUCUGUUUCUUCAAUUCUUCCCAAUUUUCCCUUAACAAUUCAUUCUUUGUUUUCCUUUUUCUUUUCUCUUCUCUUCUCUUCAAUUCUCUCAGGAUUCAGGAUUCAACUGUUUUCUACAACAUGGCAUCUGCAAAUGGGAUAGGAAGUAUUCAAGGAAAACAGCCUUUAUUUUCUUUCGGUGUUAUCUCUGAUGUUCAAUAUGCUGAUAUUCCUGAUGGUCGCUCGUUCCUCGGCACUCCUCGUUAUUAUCGACAUAGUAUUCUUGUGCUGAAAAGGGCAGUUCAAAGCUGGAACAACCACCAAAAGCUUAAAUUUGUCCUUAACUUCGGAGAUAUUGUUGAUGGAUUUUGCCCCAAGGACCAAUCGUUCAGCACUAUUAAGAAAGUAGUUAGUGAAUUUGAUAAUUUUAAUGGACGGGUAUAUCAUAUGAUUGGAAACCACUGCCUUUACAAUCUUCCUCGCAAAGAAUUACUUCCAUUAUUGAAGAUUCCAAAUCAUGAUGAAGGUCAUGCUUAUUACGACUUCUCACCUACUCCAAAUUUCAGAUUCGUCGUACUUGAUGGUUACGAUAUAAGUGCUAUUGGCUGGCCUCGGGACCAUCCAAAAUCAGUGGAGGCCCUUAAAAUCUUGUCUCAGAGAAACCCAAAUGCAGAUAAAAACAGCCCAUCAGGAUUGGUUGGCUUAGGAAGAAGAUACCUUAUGUUCAAUGGAGGAGUUGGUAAAGAACAAUUGAAAUGGUUAGAUGGUAUACUUAAGGAAGCAACACAUUUGAAACAAAAAGUGAUUGUUUGUUGUCAUCUGCCCCUUGAUCCUGGGGCAACAUCUUUUGCAGCACUUUUAUGGAACUACGAUGAAGUAAUGGACCUGAUACACAAAUACAAUUGUGUCAAAGUUUGCCUGGCUGGACAUGAUCAUAAAGGUGGAUAUGCAAUUGAUUCCCAUGGAAUACAUCAUAGGGUUCUUGAAGCUGCCCUCGAGUGCCCCCCUGGCACCAACGCAUUUGGAUAUGUCGAUGUGUACAAUGAUGGUUUAUAUCUUACUGCUACUGACCGGAUGAGCAGCUCUAAAAUGCUUUUCGAUUCGGAUCAAACUUGUGACCAUGAGAAUGGCUGCACUACAGACCCUAUAACUUCUACGUAACAACUCAUUUCUGAUGUAUAUACUUCAUGAUCAUAAAGUAUAUAACAAUUCGAAAAAGGAAAAUUUCGAAAGUUUUAAGUUAGAUUCCCUUGAAGAGAUGACUGAGGAGCCAUUGACAAAUGGUUUCGUAAUUUUUUAUGUCACUAGCAACUACCCCCUUUACAAGGGUUAGUAGUUAUGAUCACAUCCUAAUUGUUGGAACUUGCAUUUAAAUUUGAAUUUUUUUUUCAAA